AUGUCCGACGUGGAAAAUACCCGCUCGCGAGUGAAAAAACGCGACCGCAGUGCAUCGGUCGGUCCGCUCAGUGAGCCGAACAAACAUCGCAAAAAGCACUCACGGGAAGGACAUAGUUCACGUUCCAGAUCAAGAUCCUCGUCGCGGUCCUGUAUUCGUGACAGAAAAGGCAGACAGGGUGAACGUAGAAAACCAAGAGACCGUGACCGCAGAGCGAAAAACCGUCACAGUCUGGAACCAGGUGAACGUCCCCGAAGUAAAAGUGUUGAGAAACCUGCUGGCAACAGAAAACCGGCAGUUGAUUUGCUAACGUCGAAAACGGGGGGCGCGUAUAUUCCACCGGCCAAACUUCGUAUGAUGCAAGCGGAAAUCACCGAUAAGACGUCUGCUGCGUACCAACGAAUUUCCUGGGAGGCACUUAAAAAAUCCAUCCUCGGUCACAUUAACAAAGUGAACGUCGACAAUAUUGGCAUUAUCACUCGGGAGCUGCUACGGGAGAAUAUUGUUCGCGGCCGUGGACUGUUGUGUCGAUCGAUUAUUCAAGCGCAAGCAGCAUCACCUACUUUUACGCGUAGCUACGCCGCUCUGGUAGCAAUUAUUAACUCGAAAUUUCCUAACAUCGGCGAGCUGCUGCUGAAACGGUUAGUAAUUCAAUUUAAGCGCAGCUUCCGUCGAAACGACAAAAGCAUCUGCCUGUCGGCAUCCCGUUUUGUGGCACAUCUCGUCAAUCAACGGGUGGCGCAUGAAAUUCUCGCGCUGGAAAUUCUAACACUGCUGGUGGAGAACCCGACGGAUGAUUCCGUCGAGGUGGCAAUCGCGUUCCUGAAGGAAGUCGGUCAAAAACUGACCGAGGUUUCCGGGAAGGGAGUCAACGCUAUUUUUGAGAUGCUGAAAAAUAUUCUGCAUGAGGGAAAGUUGGACAAACGUGUGCAGUACAUGAUUGAGGUGUUGUUUCAAACUCGAAAGGAUGGGUUUAAGGACCAUGCGGCCGUGAUUGAUUCGCUGGAGCUGGUCAAGGAGGAUGAUCAGAUUACGCAUUUGAUAAUGCUGGACGAAGCGAACGACACGCAGAAUAUUCUCGAUGUAUUCAAGGUGGACAAUGAUUAUGAGGAAAAUGAGGCAAAAUAUAAGGCGAUCAGUAAGGAGAUUCUCGGCAGCGAUGAUAGUGAUAAUGAUGGUGAUGGUGGGGGUUCGUCCAGUGGUAGUGGAAGCGAUAGUGACUCGGAUGGAGAAGCUGACUCCGACGGAGGUAGUGGCGAAGAAGGAGACGGUAAUCAGAAGCAGUUGAUCGUGGAUAACACAGAGACCAACUUGAUCGCACUUCGGAGGACAAUCUAUUUGACGAUUCAUUCCAGUUUGGACUACGAGGAAUGUGCACAUAAGCUAAUGAAGAUGGAACUAAAGCCAGGACAGGAGCAGGAAUUAUGCCACAUGUUUUUAGAUUGCUGUGCUGAGCAGAGAACUUACGAAAAGUUCUUCGGUCUGCUAGCGCAAAAAAUCUGCAUAACUAACAAAAUAUACAUCGAGUCAUUUGAGCAGAUUUUUAGCGAAACCUAUUCCACAACGCACAGAUUGGAUACGAACCGGUUGCGUAACGUGAGCAAAUUUUUCGCUCAUUUACUCUUCACCGAUUCCAUCGGUUGGGACGUGUUGCGUUGCGUUCGGCUCAACGAGGAGGACACCACCAGUUCUAGUCGCAUCUUUAUUAAGAUUCUCUUUCAGGAACUAUGCGAGUAUAUGGGUCUUGCUAAGUUCAACAAUCGGCUCAAGGACCCAACCCUGGCCGAGCCUUUGGACGGGAUUUUCCCGCGGGACAAUCGACAAAACACACGCUUUGCGAUAAAUUUUUUGACCGCAAUUGGAUUAGGCGGGUUGACAGAUGACCUGCGUGAUUUUUUCAAAAAUGAUAGCUUUGAAUAA